AAAAGAUUCCAAUGUGACUUAGCUACGGGUUUUCAUCGUGGCUGAGUAUCAUGACAUGGGUUGCGUGUCCUUUCCUUGAAUCAUCAAUCCCUCGAGGAUUAAUUUCAGUCUUUAGUUUCAUCAGCAACAUGAUAUUCAAAUUCUCAAUUCGUGCAACAUAAAUGGCAUUGGUGCGAACGCAAUUGUCUUUCUGUCCGAUCCUACUACCCAGCAUUAUCUUCAAUCCAUCAAGCACACAAUAUGCGUUUUCUGGCUCUUCUCACCUUUCUCAAGACCUCAAGGGCCCUGCUUGUACCUUCUCCGCCAGGCCCCUAUGAUGUCGCCGUCAAAAACUUUGAGCUAGUCGAUACAAACCGUAUCGACACCUUUGCCCCCAAACCCAAUGCCAAGCGCCGUCUCAUGGUCUCGGCCUACCUCCCUAUCGACGCCCAAUACGGCUGUAAAGAUGAGACUGUUCCGUAUGUGCCUACCCUUACAGCAAAGGCCUAUGGCAAGGUGGCUGAAACUCUUGGCCUGCCCGACAACAUAGUCGAGGACUUUGAGAUGGAGAUCUGCAAUAUCUCAAGUGUCAAGCCAAAGAGGUUCCACAAGCCGAAGAAGGAAUAUCCCGUCGCGCUUUUCUCACCAGGUUAUCAAGGUUCAAGGCUUGUGUACAGGGCCAUGGCAAGGUCACUUGCAAGUCUUGGGUAUAUCAUUCUAACCGUGGACCAUACUUACGAAGCCUUUGUGGUCGAGUUCCCUGAUGGGACGGCUGCAACUGCUGCUGAGUUUCCGGAUAACCUGAACUCGACGUAUCGACAGCUCGAGGUCCGAACUCAAGAUGAGUCCUUUGUCAUCUCUCAACUCUGCAACCAUACGCUCGUGGAGCAGGUCUUCGGAGACUUCCCCGGUACCUUUAACCCUCACAAAGUUGCUGUAUACGGGCAUUCCUUCGGUGGAUCAACUGCCGCCAUCACAGCCCAGCGUGACCGUCGUGUGAUUGGAGGUCUCAACUUUGACGGCCCAAUGUACGGUUCCGUAGUUGAACAAGGCCUGAAGCGCACGCCUUACAUACUUGUUGGAACAAACAUGACGUCUGAUCCGGUUCCUGGUUGGAAUGCAUUCUACGAUAAGAUCGAUGCUCCCAAGAUGGAGGUGGUGGUGAUGCACACGCGUCACUAUGCAUUCACAGAUGUUCCGUUGCUUUUGACCGAGUUCAAGAUUCCGCCCGAGUCAGAAGCUAUGGUGCAUGAGGUAUUUGGGACACUUAGUGGAAGAAAGGUUGAGAAGGCGGCGAAUGAGAUUAUGGUGGGGUUCUUGGACCUGGUGUUCAAGAAAAAUAUCAAGAAGCUCAACGCUAUCGGCAACAAUGACGGUAUCAAUGUUCUUCAGCGUGAUCUUGCAUAAGUAGUGAGAAACUGAGCUUACUAGUCGUGACAGUUCAGCGGGGGCUGCAUGGUUGAGAAUGUCCGGGCAAGGAGACUAAGCAGCUAUGACUUCUACAUUUUAUAGCUAAUUGGAAUGUAAUCGUGAU